AUGGAUGGAGGUUGGAGUAGCUGGUCUGGAAUAAAUUGGUCCACCGGUUGUUCCACUACUUGCGACGCAGGAAUACAGUAUGGACAGAGAACAAGAUCAUGCACAAAUCCGAGCCCUAGGAAUGGUGGGAAACCGUGUUCAGGAUCGAUUAAUGGUGACUGGAGUGAUUACACAGCAGUGUCGUGGAAUGACGACUGCUCCACUACUUGUAAAGGUGAUUACGGGAUAGAAUCUGGAUACAAAAAUAGAACCUGUACCAAUCCCGAGCCUGCGUAUGGUGGUAAGGAUUGUGUUGGAGAAUCAUUCGCUACUGACAUCCGUCAGUGUACUCUCAAAGAAUGCCCAGGUAUCUGUUUCACUUUAUAG